GGGCCGGGCUCUGCCCCUCCCGCCGCGCGCAGGGUCCCGAGCGGAGCGGGCGGCGCGGGCAGCUCGGGCGGUGCGGCGACAUGGUGCGUGGCCGAAUCUCCAGGCUCUCGGUGCGCGACGUGCGCUUCCCCACGUCGCUGGAGGGCCACGGCUCCGACGCCAUGCACACAGACCCUGACUACUCGGCUGCCUAUGUCAUCUUAGAGACGGAUGCGGAAGACGGGCUCAAGGGGUAUGGGCUUACCUUCACUCUGGGAAAAGGCACGGAAGUUGUGGUCUGUGCUGUGAAUGCCCUCGCCCACCAUGUGCUUAACAAGGACCUCAGGGACAUCAUCGGUGACUUCAGAGGUUUCUACAGGCAGCUCACAAGUGACGGGCAGCUCAGAUGGAUCGGUCCUGAGAAAGGUGUUGUGCAUCUGGCUACCGCAGCCGUUCUCAACGCCAUCUGGGACCUGUGGGCCAAGCAGGAGGGAAAGCCUCUGUGGAAGUUACUUGUUGACAUGGACCCCAGGACGCUGUUAUCCUGCAUUGAUUUCAGGUACAUCACAGACGUCCUGACUGAGGAGGAAGCCUAUGAAAUACUGCAGAAAGGUCAAGUUGGUAAAAAAGAGAGAGAAGGACAAAUGCUGAUGCAAGGCUACCCUGCCUACACCACAUCGUGCGCCUGGCUGGGCUACUCAGACGACAAGCUGAGGCAGCUCUGCACGGAGGCCCUGAAGGAUGGCUGGACCAGGUUUAAAGUGAAAGUGGGUGCUGAUCUCCAGGAUGACAUCCGUAGGUGCCGCCUCAUCCGGAGUAUGAUUGGACCCGAGAAGACGCUGAUGAUGGAUGCCAACCAGCGCUGGGAUGUGCCUGAGGCAGUGGAGUGGAUGGCAAAGCUGGCUGAGUUCAAGCCACUGUGGAUUGAGGAGCCCACCUCCCCAGAUGACAUUCUGGGACACGCCACCAUUGCCAAGGCGCUGGUCCCAUUAGGGAUUGGCGUUGCCACCGGAGAACAGUGCCACAAUAGAGUGAUAUUUAAGCAACUCCUUCAAGCGAAAGCCCUGCAGUUUCUCCAGAUUGACAGCUGCAGGCUGGGAAGUGUCAAUGAAAACCUUUCAGUGUUGCUGAUGGCCAAAAAGUUUGAAAUUCCGGUUUGCCCCCAUGCUGGUGGAGUUGGCCUCUGUGAAUUGGUUCAGCAUCUGAUUAUAUUUGACUUCAUAUCCAUUUCUGCAAGCCUCAAGAACAGAAUGUGUGAAUAUGUCGACCACCUGCAUGAACAUUUCAGGUAUCCUGUGGUAAUCAAGAAGGCUUCCUACAUGCCGCCUCAGGAUGCUGGUUAUUCAACAGAAAUGAAGGAAGAAUCUGUAAAGAAACACCAGUAUCCAGAUGGUGAAGUCUGGAAGAAACUCCUUGCUGCUUAAGGGAAUUAAAAUGUUCAGCCCUAACACCCUUUCCUAAGUGAAAAGUCUUACAUACACUUUUUGGGUGUGGUUGUACAAAAACAGGAGAAAGAAAUCAUCCUAGAGUUCAAAACAAUUUCAGCCAAAAGUCCUGUUAACCCCAGGAAUCAGCUGUCAUUAUUACUUGAUUCUUUUACAAAUAAACACAUUCUGCUAACUAA